AGAUGACAGCUGAGAAGAGACUGCAGAACCGGUUAGCCUACUCUCCGUCCACGUUAAUAACGCGAUGGAAGUGUUAAUAUCUUACAUUCAGAGUCAAACGGGAUAACGCCUGCUGUGUUAUUAGCCAUUCAGUGGGCUAAAGAUAGGCUAAUUUUCGGCGGGGGAUCAGGAGCGCGCAUGUGAGAUGGAGGCUUCCGGAGCGUCUAAAUGGACACUGAAGUCCGAUGCGAGCUCAAAACCGUUUCCCUACUGUUGCUCGGGCUGUGAUGGCAGUGAGGAGCUCUUGCGUGGAAAGUUUUUCCGCAACAGAACUAAAGCCAGGAGUAUGUCUAUGCCAUCAGCACAGAGCUCUGCUAAAUUCAGGAGGACACAAUCACUUCAUGGACCAAGCCCUGUCACCACAUUUGGGCCCAAAGCCAGCAUACUGAAGAACCCUAAAGCUGUCUGUGUGUUGUAGGAGAGUGUGCCUCCAGUCAUGGCCUUCCACUUGGGUUCUCUGGGUUUUCUUACACCGUUUAACUUCGACACAUACCAGUCUCAGGUCACAGAGGUUAUAGAAGGAAAUGCUGCACUCGUCCUGCGCAGCCGUCUGCAGGUCACAGUAGUGAAAGCGGUUCGAGAGAAGGGACCGGCGGAGGAGAACAGUUUAAAGCUUACUAAUGGAGACGCUGAACCCAACCACAAAACUAUGCAGUAUCAAGUGCUGAAUGAAGUUGUUAUAGACAGAGGGCCGUCUUCAUACCUCUCCAAUGUAGACUUGUUUCUGGAUGGUCACCUGAUCACCACGGUUCAAGGAGACGGAGUGUUGGUGUCGACUCCCACUGGAAGCACAGCUUAUGCAGUGGCAGCCGGAGCCUCCAUGAUCCACCCAAACGUGCCCGCCAUCAUGAUCACUCCCAUCUGCCCGCACUCUCUGUCCUUCAGACCCAUCGUGGUUCCAGCCGGCGUGGAGCUUAAGAUAAUGCUGUCCCAGGACGCCCGAAACACGGCCUGGGUGUCGCUCGAUGGCAGGAGACGCCAGGAGAUUGCAUGCGGAGACAGUAUCACCAUCACCACAUCGUGUUUCCCUCUUCCGUCCAUCUGUUUCCGUGAUCCGGUGAACGACUGGUUCGAGAGUCUGGCUCAAUGUUUACACUGGAACGUCCGCAAGAAGCAGAGUCACCUCUGUCUAGAAGAGGAGGAUUUCUGACACAUUCCGCCAAACCGCUUCACUGUCUGACACCAUUCAAUCCCACACAAUCAACCAGGUCGCAAUUCAUCUUACCAAAAUAAAAGAACAUUUUGCUUUAAA